AUGGCUGAGUCCGAUAGACGUGCCGACCUGAAGGAGCACCAAGCACUGCUGGACUUGAUUACAAAAAAUGGUUUCACCCCUGGACAUGACAACCAGUCAGGAACCAGUGAUGGCACUGGGCCAAGGCAGCGAAGACCUGGGGAGGAAGACCAAGGAGAGAAGGCCUCACAGACAGCCAAAUCCUACACCUCAGAUCAACUGGAUGCUGUCAAGAAAAUAAAACAGUGUAAAGACUUCUAUGAGAUUCUUGGAGUGAAGAAAGAUGCAUCUGAAGAAGAUCUCAAGAAGUCGUAUCGAAAAUUAGCGUUGAAAUUCCAUCCCGACAAAAACCACGCACCGGGUGCCACUGAGGCGUUUAAAGCUAUUGGAAAUGCCUAUGCCUGCUUGAGUAAUGCUGACAAGAGGAAACAGUAUGACCAGUGUGGUGAGGAAAAGAGACAUCCGUCAAGACAGGGCCAGACCAACGGCGACUUCCAGGCCGAUAUUUCACCUGAGGACCUCUUCAAUAUGUUCUUCGGAGGGGGUUUUCCAGCAAGCAACGUUCAUGUAUACAGAAAUGGGCAUCAGAGACCAGCGGGUCAACGGGGACAACAAAGAGAGGUAUGCCA